CUGUAGAAGUAAAGAGCCGAUUGAGGGAUUUACUGCCAGUCAAUCUCGGCUAUGGUUAUCUCAACCCAAUGCCUCUAAUUUCAGAAACUUAGCUCACAUAAUGGCCGGCAUUAGUUCCAAAUCUUGCCACAAUGGCAAGAUUUACAUCAUAUGCUCUCCUCCUAAUUUUACUGAUUGCCUUCUUUGUAUCGACUAUUGAGGCGGAUCUGCAAUUCAGCAAUGAUGAUUCUCCUUCGAUUGGGCUGCUGAGAAUGAACAAACAUGGGCAUGGCAAACUUAAGCCAUCAGAGUGUCAUCUAAAGUGUGCUGAAAGGUGUUCUGCAACCUCUCACAGAAAGCCAUGUAUGUUUUUCUGCCAGAAAUGCUGUGCAAAGUGUCUGUGUGUUCCACCUGGGACUUAUGGGAAUAAAGAGGUUUGCUCAUGCUACAACAACUGGAAGACUAAGGAAGGAGGUCCCAAGUGCCCCUGAAGUUGCACCAGCUCUUUUCUUUCCUUUCAUUUCCAUCUGCUUGCACCUAAUGUUUUGAAAGCCUCGCUUAAUGGAGCAUUAGUGCUUCUGUGUGAGAGUUUGUUGAGAAACAAAGCUAAGCCAUAUCCAAUAUUUAUGAGUUUAAUGUUUGUAAGAGAAUUUCUUUCUAUUUAUCUUUUUAUGGAAAGGAUUCCAUAGAAUAGAGAAAUGUGGAUGGGCAAAUAUUUCUAUUAGAAGGGAAAACAUU